AUGGCGGCGGAGGUGUUGCUUGCGAGCAGCGAAAUCACAGAGGGAGAGAUUGGUGGGAUAGUUGAUGGGAAAAAUAGUGAUGACGGGAGGGGGAUAGGCAUGGGUGUACUCGAGGGUGGUUUGCGAGAAGGCGGUGGAAUUGUUGGUGUUUGGGGUAAUGGGGAUGAGGUAUCCGCGGAGUGGGGCGGCGGUUGUGGAUUCGACUGGGGAGUUUGA